CUCUUUCCUGAGGCCUAAGGCGGCGAAGCUUGGAAAAGGGGCCUUCAAAGAAAGGAAGGAAGGGAGGGAGGAAAGGAGGAGGACAAGGCAGAGGAGUUGCGGCAAGGCCGGCGGCAAUGUCCGUAAGGGACAGCCAGGGGCGCGCGGUGGCGUUGCUGAGGGCCCUGACCACGACCGCUGCCUCGGGGCCGCGGGGCCUACACCGAGUGCCUUCCCCGGCGGCGCCUCCUCUCCCCCUUCGCGGCUGGCCUUGGUUGCUGCGGGGCUGGGCCCGAGACUGAGCCGCCCUCGCCUGGGCCGAAGCCCCCGCUGCCUGAGCAUGGGAAUCCUCUUCACCCGCAUAUGGAGGCUGUUUAACCACCAGGAGCACAAAGUGAUCAUUGUUGGCCUUGAUAAUGCAGGAAAAACAACCAUUCUUUAUCAAUUUUCUAUGAAUGAAGUAGUUCAUACCUCCCCAACUAUAGGAAGCAACGUAGAGGAAAUUGUAGUAAAUAACACACGUUUUCUUAUGUGGGAUAUUGGAGGCCAAGAAUCUCUUCGAUCUUCAUGGAAUACAUAUUAUACAAACACAGAAUUUGUGAUAGUUGUUGUGGAUAGCACAGACAGAGAGAGAAUUUCUGUAACUAAAGAAGAACUUUAUAAAAUGUUAGCACAUGAGGACUUGAAGAAAGCGGGUUUGCUCAUUUUUGCUAACAAGCAGGAUGUUAAAGACUGCAUGACUGUAGCUGAAAUUUCUCAAUUUCUGAAGCUAACUUCAGUUAAAGAUCACCAGUGGCACAUCCAAGCAUGCUGUGCUCUUACUGGAGAAGGAUUGUGCCAAGGUCUAGAAUGGAUGAUGUCAAGACUUAAGAUCAGAUGAUUCUUACUCUGCACAGACAUUGCACAAAAGUGCUGGAUGUUUCCUCAUCUUGACAGCUGUGAAUCAAUGGCCUACGUGUAUUUAUAAAACCGAAACUGAAGCUUACUUCUUUUGCUACUUUUAACACACUAAAGCUUCCUCCUUUGGAGACAAAAUGGUUAGAAGUUUGAACUUGGCUUCCCAACGCUUCCUUUGAGGUGGAGUUUACAUGCUUCGACUGACCUUAAUUUUAAAGUGGAAUUAUUUCAGACUAUUUAAUAAAUAAUGAGAGAUGAAAAACAAACAAAGAAAGGGGAGGGAUUUUAACUUUUGCAUUUUAUUAUUCCAAUCUAACUCCAGUUGAAAAUGUUGACUUUAUUAUUUCAGUAGAUCAGAAAAGAAAAAUCAGUGGCACAGGUAUUGACUUUCCAGUAUUGAAACUUUGAUGUGAUUCAGAAAUGCAAAAAUGUUCCUGUAUGUGUUCUGUACAUUUUGUAUAUUUAUACCUCAUGCUAAUGUUCAUUAACAUCUGUACAGAGAGACAGUAAAUAUCACUAACUUUGCCAGCACUCUAGAGAUCCACAAACAGGGAUACUGCAGAAUGUGGGUUCCUCUCCUGUUUUGCUCCUUUUACUUUACCUGUUGAAUGUGCUUUGUAUCGUCUGUCCAAUAACAGAAUAUCAUUCCCCUUGCGGCCCAACAUUUGUCCCCAAUUUGUUGGUGUUUUGUGUAACUUGGCAGCAAACUGUUUGGAAAUGUUAGGAAGCAGAGUAAUUCUACAGAAUUCGGCUGAGAUAUCUCUUUCCUAUUUUUCUCUAGUUUUCUAGACUAUUCUCAUGCCAACAGUGAUGGUAAAAUUGUUGAAGAUUGUUUCUGUUUUCUGUCUGCAACUAAAAAGUAACUACAAAAAGACACAAGAGAGGAUGGUGUGUUGACGGGUUUUACAUGGCACAAAGUUGACAUAUAACUGUACCGAACCAGAAAAUAAAAGAAUAUGAGUCAAGUGGGGAGCAUAUUGAAAGUUAACAUUUAAAUUGUGUCUGUUGAGAAAUAAACUUCUAAAACAUGGCAAGCAAAAAACAAACCAACAAAAAACUCUCUUCCCGUUUGUUUAUACCCAGAUCUUCCCAUUUUAACAGUAUGCUAAAAUGUAACUUUAUGAAGAUCAAAAGUCCUCCACUCAUAUCCUACAGACGCAGACUAAUUAGAAACUAGGAUUUAUAUUCAUGAUCAGUUAAAACUAUCAGAAUUGUGGGAUCCACACCAAACUAGUUUGAUUCAGCUCUCACUUAAAUCAAUGUGGUUUUGAAUUGUGAAUCAAAUCCAUUUAUUUCUUGUCAGACUGCAAAAUUUAAAUAACUCAAUUAGUAACAGAUAAUUGUGGCAAACCACUUUUAAAACUUUGUUGUGUCCCCAAAACAGUGAAGUCUGAACCCACUUGAUGCUGUUUAUGUAUUUGUUCUUUGAGUUGUUCCAAGGAUGCUUCCAUCCACAUCAAAGUGCCCUGACUAUUAAAUAAAUUAAUGUUUUUUUCAUUACCUUUGUGUAGCAGAAGUGGGCAAUAAUUUGAAAAGUUGCUUUAAUAUAUUGCAGUACUGCUUAUGUUAAAAGGGUAUGAUUCUUUGGAAAAUAAUACUAUUACCGUGUCUGAACUCUGCCUAUCACUCAUCUUUUUUGAUAUUUAGAAGUUAGUCUAUAAUUUGCACCCAGUAAACUGGAAAAACUAAGUAACUCAGUUUAAUCAAGAUCAUUAAUUAAAGCUUGCACUUAAGUUAAAAAACACAUGGUGGUGAUUGGAUCAAAAUGCUUGAAAAUAGAAUGCAUUUGACAGUUGUUAACUCUUGGAAACUGAUGGAGUGGUAUCACCAUAGAGUGACUAGUGUCUACUUCAUUCCCUAUUUUUAAGAAGUAACUUAUUAAAUAUGUGCACCGUUGUCAGUGGUACCAAUAAACUGGUGGAUCAAUGUCUGAUAAAAUAAGUUUAUAGGCUGGAAUACAAAGAAAUAGUUCAAUGUGAAAGGCAUAUCUAGCCCAGACAAAAUUUGUAUUUACGUAUCUGUGAACAGUUUACCUCUUUCCCAAUGUAAUAUCUAAACUCGUUUUGAAACUCCUCUUAAUCUCAUCAGUCUGCCUUGGUUCAAAGAUGACUGCUGGUGGAAGGGGAAAAAAUCAAAUCUAAAAUUCCUUAGACCUGGCUGUGUGGUUGUGUGGAUCCUGGAUAAGAUCUUUCUUUUAUGGAUGUAAUCAAAUAAAUGCUUUCUUGAACAUAUAUUGAAAAUUUGUGGUUUUUGCCAGAACAAAAUAAAAAUAUGCAAGAUGUAACAAAUAUGCAUAUACUUUUGCAAUGUAUCAAUAUUUCCAAACUUAUGCCAUGUUUUCACAAAUCCAAUAUCUUUAUGUGUGUAAUGGCAGGAAUCGUGAGCAUGAUUUGCUCUGUAAAAAAUCAACUGAUUUUCAUAUUAUUAAGAUAAACAUGUGGUCCUCCUGAUUUUCUUAUUACAACUCCCUUCACACUUAGAUGAAAGUAGAGGGCUAUCGUUGCCAGCCGUGUCAUGCUUGCACCUCUUUCCAGUUGAUGGGCAAACGUGUUAAAAGAUAAUGUGAGGAGAGGGAUGAGAGCAAUAUAAGCCAUCAGAGAGAAGGUUGAUUUUCUAUUUCAGAAGCUUCCAAGAAACAAAACAUUUAAAAAUACAAAGGCAAUGGCUAUAGAUUCCCUGACUGACUCAACACUGACAACAGGAAAGGUAUUUUUAUACACAUUUAUGUACUUCCAAUUAAAAUGAGGCAACAAUGACACGCAGUUCUUGCUUAUCAGGGAUUUAGAGGGAAACUUAACAAGAUCCUUCCUUUACUCACUCCUAAUUUAUGGUAAGGUUACUGAUCAACUAUUUGGAGUUGUUGUGUAUAUCUUUUUGUCCCAAGCAGCCUUUGUUCAGAAAAACUGUUACGUGCAUUAAUUUUAAAUGGCCUUGUUACUGCCCUUCCUCUGAAGUCUAGCUGGAGGGCUUUAGGUGUCGCUCUAGCACUGUGGGCAAAGCUUUCUUCGUAAAACUAGUACCUAUAGAAUAAAUACUAAUGGAUGAAGAACAGCUGAACUACACACACUCAGAUGCAAGAAAAAUGUGCUACUAUCUCUGUUGGUUGUGUGUAAUACGAAUAAGUGUAAGUGAUAUAUACUUCUUUGUGCUUUGUUCUGCUUAGUGAAAGGGUAGUGUGCUCCAACUUUCUGGGGGUCAUGUCAUCGAGGAGAACCACGGGUAAUAAUGAGAAUAUUUACAGUUCCAACACAUCUUUGGAAUGUACCUUGGUUCACGUGAAUGAUAGGGCCCUAAAACUAGUUUGGAGAAUAUUGGGAAAUUGAAAGUGAGCAGUUUUGAAAUGUUGGCUGGUAGGGGAACUGACUUAAGUGUUAAAUUUUUUUUACUUGCCCUUUCUGCUCUCUUGCUUUUGUGCCUAUGUAAUGCUUACUCAGUCUGUACAUUUGUAAAUAAACAGAUUAUUACAAAGAG